AUGUCGCCUCUCACCGAUAACAUCAAGAAUCGUCUCAAGAAAUCGUUGACCAGAGCCCAAGCGGAAAGCAGCCCACGUCGUCAUCCUGUUGCACUGGCCACACCUGGAGCUGCUUUCACCAAUCCGUUCGGCGCUGCAGAACUUGAUACACAACAAGAGCAACGCAUUUGGGAGCGCGACCGACGUCUGCAGGCAGAACAGGAACGGCAGAGGCAGGACCAGCUGCAGGAGGAGUGCCGUGAAAGAGAAGCCGCGGAACGCGCCAAGAUCAAGGAACAGCGCAAGCAGUGCGCAUCGAAGGAGACUGUUCGGAUCCUACGAGAGUUGAUCCGCAACAAGUAUCGCUUGGAUAUACUUAUCUGGCAGAACCGACGCGUGCAGAGAGCGGAUCGGGAGCUCAUCUUCCGAGACUGCCAUGAAGCUGAUCGUAUGCGGAGACACAUCUUGUCCAUCGUGAAGUCGUGGGAAGAGGACAUGUUUGACCGCGAAGAGGAUUGGAGCAUGGCGAAGAAGAUCAAGAACAGUCUGGGUCGGGAAGAUGAGCAUGCUGUCUGGGCCGACAUACCUCCCUGGAAUCGUUGA